AUGCCGAGCGGCUGGCCAAUGAGCGACGAGCCGCUGCUUAGGCUGGCGCGAUCCGUUGUUGCCAUCGAAGAGGCGGCGCGAUCAGGCCAAUCAGCAGCAAGCAUGGUGAAACGAAGCAAGAAGAGCAAGAGCAAGCGCGUGACGCUGCGCCAGAAGUACAAAGUCAUCCGCAAGGUCAAAGAGCACGCCAAGAAGAAGCUUAAGGAAGCCAAGAAGGCGCGCCGCGACGGCGUCGCGCCGCGGCGGCGCGUGGAGAAGGACCCGGGCAUCCCCAACGACUGGCCGUUCCGCGAAGAGGAGCUCGCGGCGCUCGAGGCGCGGCGGCAGCGCGCGCUGGAGGAGCGCGAGGCGAAGAAGGCGGAGAAGAAGGAGCGGGCGAGGCGGCGCCGCGCGGGGCUGCCGGAGGAGGGGCCGCUGCCGGGCGCAGAAGGCGAGGAGGAUGAGGAAGACGCGGAGAUGGGGGGCGAGGGGAGGAGGACGGGGAGGGGAACGGGCGCGUGA